GCUGCAGCGAGCGCUUCGCACAGCAGGGUGAGUGUCGGUCGCUCUUCGGCAUGUCUGGUCGUGGUAAAGGCGGUAAGGGGCUCGGGAAGGGCGGCGCCAAGCGCCACCGCAAGGUCCUGCGCGACAACAUCCAGGGCAUCACCAAGCCCGCCAUCCGGCGCCUGGCCCGGCGCGGCGGCGUCAAGCGCAUCUCCGGGCUCAUCUACGAGGAGACCCGCGGGGUGCUCAAGGUGUUCCUGGAGAACGUGAUCCGGGACGCCGUCACCUACACGGAGCACGCCAAGCGCAAGACGGUCACGGCCAUGGACGUGGUCUACGCGCUCAAGCGCCAGGGCCGCACCCUCUACGGCUUCGGGGGCUGAGCGCCCCCGCCGCGCACUCCCGUGGCCCCUCCGUUCCCAAAGGCCCUUGUCAGGGCCGCCCACCUGCUCGCACAAGGGCUGUAGCUAACAACAGGGCCCGAAGGUGACACGAUACUUGGAGGCGGUUGUCGUUCCAAUUCUGACCUUGAACAAAA